AUGUCAAUUAUGAGUGAUUUAAAUAGUGAUUUGGAUGGCGAAGAAGCAUAUGUGAUGCACAGCAAUGUCAAGAAAAGAAAAAGAACAGAAAAAAUGACAGAUAUUAUGAAGAAAUUACGUGCAAUUAGUCAUGAAAGUGGAGAAGACUGCAAGUGUAGCCGUUUAAAGUGUUUUAUAACUAUUUGUUCUGAGGAGCGGCAACGCAUAAUUUUCUAUUUUAAUCAGUUGGGAGAUUACAAUGCACAAAGUAAAUACCUUAGUGGACUUAUCAGUGUUGUACCUGUUCAGCGCCGACGUAAUCGAAAAGACGAAGCUGAUGCUAAUUUCCACACUUUCUCUUAUUCCUACAGAGUUCGAGCACGUGUUGAAAAUAAGCUACAAGAUGUGAGUGUUUGUUAUAAAGCUUUUUUGUCUUUGCACGGUAUUUCGAAUCGUCGUGUGCAAAAUUUGAAGAAAAAUCUAUGUGCGCUGGGUGACACCAAACCGGAUGGUCGAGGAAAGCACAAAAACAGACCCCAUCGCAUAAGUGAUGUAACCAAACUAAAAGUUAUGGAUUUCAUAAAAUCACUUAAGGGUAGAAAAUCAUAUUACUGCAUAAGAGAUACUUCUUAA